AUGGAUAAUGCUUUGGAAAGAGUGCGGGCAUUUGCCUUUAAAAAUGUGGAGAAUUUACGAGAAUUAAUAAUAGAAGAGCGUUGUUUUGAAUUAGAAACAAAUUCCUUGGCAACAAUUACUCGAGUUGAUUUUUUAACCCUUCGGGGUGUUUGUUCCUUGGAAGUUGGAGUGUUUUUAAAUAGUAGCAGAUUACAUCAAGUUAUUAUUGUGGAUUCUGCUUUGAGUCAGUUACCUAAAGAUGGAUUUGCUGAAUUGUCUCAUUUAAAUCAAUUACAAAUUAGAGAAUCACGUAUUGGACGUAUUUCUGAAGGGGCUCUUUCUGGCCUUUUUACUGUUGGCUCUGUCCAUUUUCAAUCUAACCAAAUUGGUAGAUUAGUGCCUGGAUGGGCGUUGGGUGCGGAGAAUUUGGGCUCUCUUGUUUUUACUUAUAAUACUAUUCGAGAACCUCUGUCAUCCCCCGAUUGUUUACGCAACGAAGCCCAACGUUUCUUAUUUACCGAAAACACACUUUAUUGUUCUUGUGAAAUACAGUGGUUGGUUAAUUCUCCUGCUGAGGAACAAUGGUUAUCAGAAAAUUAUUGUGGACGAGAACAAGCAUUUAAGGCUUUAUUGUAUUAUUCCCCUGCCUCUGCUGGCUGUCGUUGGGUAUUACCUCCUCCUUCUCCCCCAACAUUUUUAAUAACCUCAACCACACUUUCUACUCCAAACCAAACUUUUAAUCAACAAUCUCCCCCUAUGCACAAUUUAAGACAUCAAAAUCCUUCCCAAAAAGAAUUUGAAGAUAACGAGCUUUUUGAACCCCCCUCCCAUCAACGACGACAUUCUGAGAAGAAUGCUGGAGUGAAGAGGGGGGAAUUUUGUGAUAAAUUAAUUUUUAUUUUAUUUUUUUAUAUUUUUUAUUAUUUUUUGGGUUAA